AACAAAAUUCAUAGAAGUUGGCGAUCGGUCGAAGUUUUCGAAAAUCUUCAGAUUUUUCAUGAUAAUUCGUAAAGUGCAAACGUAAUUUUUAAGAUCUACUAAAUAGGAAUAUAGCGAGCUUUCACCAUACCGCUGUAUUUGGCUGUGAGACUUGAUUUACCUCCCGUGAUGGCGGACCAGUCGUCGAUCCUGGCGGUGAUCAUCCUGGCGGUCGGCGUGACGGUGCACUUCUCUCUGCAUAAAGUGGAGGAGGGACAUGCCGGUGUUUACUAUCGGGGUGGAGCGCUGUUGCCAGUGAUUAGUCAACCUGGAUUCCAUAUGAUGGUUCCUCUAUUGACCUCAUAUAAAUCUAUACAAACAACUUUGCAGACAGAUGAGGUAAAGAAUGUCCCAUGUGGGACCAGCGGGGGAGUCCUCAUCUACUUUGAGAGGAUUGAGGUUGUGAACAAGCUGGAACCCAACAGUGUGUUGGACAUUGUCCGUAACUACACAGCAGACUAUGACAAGACCCUGAUCUUCAACAAGGUGCACCAUGAGCUCAACCAGUUCUGCAGCGCGCACUCGCUGCACGAAGUCUACAUUGACCUCUUUGACCAGAUUGAUGAGAAUUUAAAAACAGCUCUCCAGCGGGACCUGACAGAGAUGGCGCCGGGGCUACAGGUGCAGGCGGUGCGCGUCACCAAGCCCAAGAUCCCGGAAGCCAUCCGCAAGAACUACGAGCUGAUGGAGGCCGAGAAGUCCAAGCUAUUGAUUGCUGCUCAACAUCAAAAGGUAGUAGAAAAAGAAGCUGAAACGGCUCGCCGCAAGGCCAUCAUUGAAGCAGAGAAGGAGGCGCAGGUCGCGAAAAUACAGUACGAACAGAAAAUAAUGGAGAAGGAAUCAUUACAGAAAAUAGAACUGAUAGAAGACAGCAUUCACAAAGCUAAGCAGACCACCAAGGCUGAAGCUGACUUCUACCACUUGAAGAAGCAGGCAGAAGCCAACAAGGCUCUACUAACUAGAGAGUAUCUAGAGUUGAAGAAAUUAGAAGCCUUGGCCAAUAACAAUAAGAUCUACUUUGGUAGUGAUAUUCCCAACAUGUUUAUCCAAGCGGGAGACUUGACUUCCAAGAGUGUGCCGGCUGAUUGAGAGCUUUUGUUUUUAUGAAGUCAAGGAACUAGUCAUUUAUUUUGUAAAUCCCCUCCCUUUUUCCGAGAGGCUAUUUAAUGCAGAAAUCAAGGAAUAGUUAUAAUAAGAUAUUAACGAAAAUAUUAAUGGUUUUCAAAUGUAAAUUGACUUUAAAUAGCCACUCGGAAUGCGAUAGUCACUCAUAUUUUUAACAUUGCCUAGAGAUUUUGGAGACUUGUGAUAUUUUGUAACACUUGAGUGACUGAUUAUGAUACUUUGCAAUGAAACUCAGGAAGCUAUCUCGAUAACUGUUAGAUUUUGUAAGUAUCUAGUGUUAUUUAAAAAUAAAACUUAAUAUUAUGUUGAAAAAUGCGUGUUUAUUAAUUAAAUAACUUAGAAAAAUUGUUCAUUUAGAUUUUGUUGAAAGCAGCGAUGUCCACAGACUGGACAAAGUCUUCGAAUUCCUGGAUGGUUUCUGUGAGGGUGUCGACUGACACUUUGUCGUCUUCAAUGA